AUGGCCACACCGAGCGCUGGACCGGACGAUGCGGAUAAUGGAUCCAAGCAGUCAUUCUUGGAACUCGCCCGACGAACCCAGGCGGCGCGAAAUCUAAUCAUCAAAUCUAGGGCCAAGAUAGAAAGGCAUCAAUCCGAAGAGGCUUACCUCAAAAAGCCGCUGAGCAGCACAGUGUAG